GCUGAAGAUGCAAAUCCUUUGUAAUUCGUACGAAUGACGAGCUCAACAUCGUAUCAAAUGUUAACAUCGUAUCAAAUGUUGAAGAUCAUCAAGAUGGUUUUUUCUUUCGUUCUCUGCUCUGGUACUCUUGGAAAGACCAUGCAGCAUUCAAGGAAUCCACCACCGGAAACAGUAUCCUUACGGGAGGAUGCUCAAGGCGACAACUUUGUAUCGGUACGAAAUGAUAGAGGUAAAGAGUUUUUCUUGGCGGAAGAAGAAGACACCCUCACCGCGCUGAAAACGCAGCCUCCGCUACGAAAGAGUGCUGGAAUACACCACAACAUGGCGCAGAGGCUGGCUUUGGAGAAACAUGAUCAUGAUGGGAGUAGAGUCAUGAUGGAUGCCAGCACAGUGAUAUCUCCCUCAAAAAGGCCUCGCGAAGGCAUAGGCGUUCUGCUGCAAAAGGAAGGUAAAAGCCACGACAUCAGCGAUCAUGAAUUGCAGGCUACAGUGCCAAAACUGGUAGAGGAACGCGAGUAUCUCAUUCGCUGUCCUCCGACGGGAGCCUCGUACGUGGUUGCUGCCCAUAGUACGCGAUACCUGAGUCAUGAUGGUCACCGCUUCUCCUGUUUCAACACGCUUACUCCCGGACAAAAUGUGACACCAUUCCUCUUCCAAGUUAAGGAUUAGUGCAGUAGUACACUUCCCCCAAGUAUUUAAUGUUUCCUCUUCCAAGUUAAGGAUUAGUGCAGUAGUACACUUCCCCCAAGUAUUUAAUACUUGACCUUUUUAUUUCAAGUAGAAGGAAAGGGGUCAAGGCUGGGUUUUUUUAGGAGUGGAAGAACACUCUGAGGAGCUUUAACGACGUUGCAAAAGCAAAAGCAAGUACCUUGCCUGACUGGUUUUUUCUGUGGUAUAGUGCGAAACAAACCGAUGUCCACUACACACACCACAAUGCGGAGAACGCAUCGAUGAUGCUGCAGACGCCAUCAGAAGAUGAGGCAGUACAGAAGCAGUGGACAGACCUCGGUUGGACGUGGAAGCCUGCGAUGUUCACACAAGUGCUGCCUUUUAAGGCUUGUUUGGCAUAAGUAUUUGAAUGUGCAGUACCUACUGCUCCGUCGUAAAAAUAGGUCAGAGUCGUGCAGUGCUGAUAAUUCCUCCAACUUAAGUCCGACGUACCACUCAUUGUAGUGUCAGCGAUCUACUCUUUCUUUGGUUUUGACAACUCACCGCCAUGCGUCGUUGUAAUUCCUGUUUGCAUUCCCUUCGAGGACCUUUCCUUCGUACAAAUGAAUCUUGUUCAGACCGUCCUUCCCCUCUUUCUAAUCCCCCUGCAUCCGUACUAGAGGAGACAAAACAUUUUUCGCAAAAUGUUUCUCAGUUGAUCGUGGCCAAAGUGGAGAGAACUGAGGCAGAGUUGCAGACCGCGGAUCUUAGCCUCGUUAAGGAGUGAUUUUAGAUAUUUCUGUGCCUUUUCUGAGAAAUACGGGGACAACAAAGGCAUAAACUUAAAUAGGUACGAGAAUUGAUAUGAACUACUCAAUGAAUGAUACAAUACCUCUCUGUCUAAUGCCGAGAAAAAACUAUACGAGCACUGGAACACGAAGCAGAAUGUGUGGGAGAUGUAUGCCGUGUUGUGGCCAGAAAAGAACGCAGUGUUCGAGACUAUAGAGUAUUCUUAAGGCCAGACGAUAGACUAUUCUCGAGGAGUGGAAACUAACACAGACUACCCGACCUCUUCUAAUCCUGUUCGGUUACCUGUAAAGGGUUCGAUCAAAACCGUUGCACUACUCCUGGGUUGGAGCGGGUGGACGAUGAGGAGAAAUAUUGUUCCAAACAAGUUGGAGAUCCGGAUACAGGGAAGGGCGUAACUGUCUUUGAGUUAUGAAGUGGAUUUUCACAAGAACUGUCGUGUAACCGAGACCCCUGGUGAAGUACAAGCAGUUCGUUGUGAAUAGUAUCUUGAGGCAUUCUUGAAAUACUUCUCGGUAGUAUCUCGCUUCUAGUAAUGAGAAGAGCAUAUUUAAUCAUAAUCUCAGGUGGUUUUUUACCAGGUUGUUGUAGAAGUAAGAAUCAAGUGGGUGGUGCAGCAUAUUUCUGGUUUAACAUGCACUAUUUCUUUAUAUCUUUCCUUCGCGAUGUCCUGUCUAACCUUUACGUGCACAGAGGCUAGUUGUUGUGUGGUGGC